UCGUUGAAAUCGGCCAGGCAAGAAUAGGCUAGGCCUAAGCUACUCAUUCAUUUCGUCAUCAAAAGAAAGGCUUUGAUUAUUGCAUUCUUAAAAGGGAUGAAGGCAAUAAUAAAAAUGCAUUGUCGGUGCGUAUGGUGGUGGGGGUCGGAGUGGGCUAUUCUUUUUCGCUUAGUCUGCGUUCGCCUUCGCGAGUGAUGUAGGCCUAUGCUUUGAAUUCAAAUCCUCGGCAGGGCUUUGGCCAUUGUGUGACUACUUAUCUGUUUGUGCAUACACGCAUGUGUGUGCGAUAGUGUGUAAGUGUAUGGUGUGUUCAACACUAAGUAAACAUUUCGUGGGGUCCUGGCCUACAUAAUAAGCGUUCGCCCGCACAUUUUGUUUCUUUGUGCAAUUCUAAAAAUAGUAGUGGGCCUCGCAGCAGCCCAGGUACACGCUGACUGACACACUCUUGCACGCACCGGGAGCGCCACCUCGCGCCGACGCACUUGCAAACGGAUAUGGUGGACGUGGUGGUGACGGAUUCAGCGUACAAUUUAUUUUUGAUGAUAUAAAGACACAAUUAUCGUUUGUGGUGCUGCUGAUAUCGGUUUCAGUGUGAACUGUCGACUGAUAUGGAAGGGCCAGGAGAAACAGUCACAGAAGAGACUGUGUCUGUGGAAGAGGAAUCCCCUGAAUCUGUAGAUGGAGAUGGAAAUGAUGCACAAUUGUCUCUAGAUCCCAGUGCUAAAAACAGGUCAAAGAGAAAGCCAUCAAAAACGCAAAUCAAGCAUAUUGCCCCAAAGGAUGAGAACUGUGACACUUCAAAGUACGGUACUCAAAAUAUGGAGGACCUGUUCAAUGAUGUAACGCAGGGUAUUUAUCCGGGAACAGGGUCAGAUCUUUCAAACCAGGCUGUUUUGCCAGCGGGGAUAAAUCCUCAGCAACUGCCGACACCUGUGCAAGGUCCCAUCCCUGGUGCCGGUGCCCCUCCUGCAACCCCAACAACCCCGAGGAGACCCAGGCGGUCCUCGCAAAUUUCUGGUGCUUCCCCUGGAUCAGGCCGUUCGGUGUCCUCCAGGCCUCCUCCCAGUUACCCGUGUGGCAUAUGUGGGAAGAUAUUCCGUGUCCCAAGUCGAUACGACAGCCACAUGCUAGGUCAUAGUAAAGGCAAGCCAUUUUGUUGCAACACGUGCGGAAAGAUGUUUGCCUCCCAGCACAAGCUGGAUCUGCACUUGCCUGUCCACAGCUGUGACCGCAGUGCUUCUUUCACUUGUGAAAGCUGUGGCAAGGUGUGUGUCAACUGGCGUGCAUACCUUUACCAUUUGAAAGCAAAACAUACUGAAUCUGGAGGGAAAAAAUUUGCUUGCAAUGUAAGUAGAUCCAAUACCAAUGGAGGGAAAAGAUUUUCUUGCAAUCUUUGUGGUCGUCAGUUUCACACGGGCCAGAGACUCAGGAACCACAUGGCAAGCCAUGAAGUUGGCAAGAACCAUUGUUGUCAGACCUGUGGUAAACUGUUUGAGAGCAAGAAGAAACUGGACACUCACAUGCUGGUGCAUAACCUGACCAGCAAGCACGACCAGCAUCUCCAGUGCUCAGACUGUGGCAAGGAGUAUACUGAGUGGAUUGCCUUCAAACAGCAUAUGAAAACACAUGGCGCAGAAGGCGUUCAGUAUCCCUGUGGUCUGUGUGAAAUGGUGUUUCCUACUCAAUACGAGAAAGAAAAACACAAGAGAGUGCAUAAGCAAGUUCAGUGUGAGUUCUGUGAAAGGUAUUUCCGUUCGGCUUCGGUCUUGUCGGUUCACCUAAGGGUUCACACUGGGGAACGUCCGUAUAAAUGCGGACUCUGUGAGCGAGAUUUUUCUCAGUCUUCUGUUCUCAAAGUCCACAUGCGCACUCACCGAAAAGAGGGCAAGUAUGAAUGCAAAAGGUGCGGGAAUGUGUACUUGGACGUUAUGGAAUUUUUCAAACAUCACAUGGGUCAUCUAGAAGAGGGCAAUCUUCAGUGUGAGGAGUGUGGAAAAGUGUUUGAGACAAUCAAUAACAAGAAUCGCCAUAUGGCUGCACAUAGGGACAGGGCUGGUCGUGUGUGUCAGGUAUGUGGCAAAGAGUUUGGCAGAGUCUCUCACCUGGAGGCUCAUAUGCUGUGUCACUCUGACCAGCUACCUCUCUUGUGUAAAGUGUGUGGGAAAAUGUUUCCAUCUCAGGAAGUCCUGACUGCCCACUAUGCCACACACAUGUCUGCUGGGGAGAGCGUCUCCAAUUCUGGCCUGCCUGCUUCCAAGGGUCCUCUCUUCUGUGGCCUCUGCGGCAAAAUGUUCAAAGGACAGGUGUACCUGAACAAUCACAUGAAAAAGCAUGAAAGAGAAGGCCUCAACGCUCGUGGUGGGGAUGAAAUUCCAGAUGAAGAUCUGGUAGAAGUUGAGGGGGGUGAGUUUUCUUGCCUGGACUGUGGAAAAACAUUUUCCAAAGAGCAUCAUCUGGCAGUUCACAAACGUGAGCAUACAGGAGAGCGACCGCACACAUGCAUUUUGUGUGGUCAAAGCUUUAUGUUGAGGAAAGAACUUCUGGAUCACAUUGGUGAGCACAAGCGCAAUGGACUCAUGAUGUACAUGGGGAAUCAAGGUGGUGCAACUGUAGCUGCAAACGCUGCUGCUGCCCCCACAUCGGCUACUCAAAAGGUUGGCAAUAACACAAAGACUCCCAAUGCAACCUUUCAUGAGAGUGAUAGUGGCUCUGAAACAGAAACAGACAAUGAAGAGUCCGAGGCAACAAAGGCUGCUGCUGCUGCUGCAACAGUACAAAAUAAUAAGCAACGGUCUUCUCCAGCAGUAGUACCACAGCAAGCUAUCACUCCAUAUAGAGAGAAUGAUUACCCACCUCCUCAGACCAAUCAAUAUCCAGAAAAGAACUAUGUUAUACCAGCAAAAAGUCAGUAUGAAGAAAAACUGUACCCAAAUGUUCGCAAUGUUUUGUAUGAUGAAAAGAACUACCCUAGAAAUAUAAGUGCACAGUACCUUGACAAGGACUAUAAUAUUGAUAGUCAGAACAAUUAUCAGGAGAAAAGUUUUUCUCGGAGCAGCCACGUGCCAGUUGUUGAAAAAUCUUUUCCAAGCAAUCACAGUACUGCGUACGUGGAGAAAGGAUACUUGAACCCUCCCCCGCCGACAUCUAUCUCUGAGAAGAGGUACAUAGAGAGUCCUGGCAGCUCUUACUCUGAGAAAGCUUAUGUUGAAGCUCAAAAGCUCGCUUAUGCCGAGGAGAGUCAAAGUCUAUCCAGAAAGAAUCACUCUCCGGUAUCGAUGAACGAAAGUCAAGUGUUACACUACAAUAUACCAAGGGGUUCCUAUAAUUCUCCCAUUUCACCUCCAUCUAGUCACAUGCCAUCCUCCAGUGGCAGCAGUAGUCAUUUACAUGCAGGUUUACAGACUGAACCUUAUGGAAGGCCAGACAUACAAAUUCCUUUAAAUGACCGCAUGCAACCAGCCAUGCAGCUGUCGAUGAAAGAUACCAGUGUCCAUCCAAACAUUCACAUGAUCCGACCAGAGCCUCAUUUACCACCUAGUGUUCACCAUGAUUACAAAAAUGAUAUGAGCCCAUAUGCUUUCCCAUACAAUAAGGCAUAUAUGCCCACAGCAAUAAGCAAUCUUCCUCACCGUAGCACUUUUCACACUGGCUUCCCAAGCACGCACGGCAGAUUCACUACAGAUUCUCAGCUAUCUGUAGCCAAUUUCCAGCUUCUACCCCAAACUGCAUUUCCUGAGAAUUCCCAUCAGACUUGAUUUUAUUUUAUUUUAGUUUUCAAAAGAAACAUAUUUGCAGUGUGCUGAGCAAAUGUUUUGUUUUAUGAAUCUCUUCAUCGUGGUACAGGUUAUCUUCUGUUGUUUGAAGAUUGUGUGCUAGUACAGAUGAGCUUCCCUCAAAUUUAUUUGAAAAUAUUUGUCUCGCCCCUUUGCGUUUUGUACAUAUUGGAAUAUAUUUGGUCAAUAAGUUUUAUUUAUGUAAAAUAUAUUUUGAAUUUCUUUUAUUUGAAAGUAUGCAUGUUUUUUAUGGAGUGCGAAUAUGCAUGGUAAUGAUGAUAUUGAAAGUUUCGUAAGUUUUUUCAUAGCAAUGUUGUUUUUGUUUAAUUGCAAGUAUGUAUUGUAAUCGUUUGGACAAUUUUGCAUCUCUAGACUUGUUGUAUGUGUCAUAUCAAAGACCAAAACUAACACAGGCUGAACAUAUAAUCAGUAUUUUUGCUAGUCACAAGCAGCAUUCAAAUCAGUCUGUGGGUCUGUGUUGGAAAAAAUGCAGAUACUUUGCAGUAUACCAAAUCUGACAAUAGUUAUGAAAGGAGCAUAACUUGUCAUUGUUUAAAUUUUUGUUUGUAAAAAGCACAACAAUCCAAUCUUGUAUUUUUUAUGGAUAAUGUGUGUCUUAAGUUUGUCCUAUCUCAUUUAAGUAAGUUGUUAUUUACGUAUCCUGUUUCAUGUCAAAAGUAAAGUAUUUUCAUGUGCUACCAGUUUCUCUCAAAGGUACUCUCUUGGGGGGGGGGGGGGAAUCUCUCACAUUUAUUCUCAUAUUCUGUCAUUUGUGAUUCUAUACUUUUAAUGCUGUGGCUGUUUGUGGUUUUUCGGAAAGCUGUAUUUUGUAUGUUCAGCCACUUUUACCCAUCCUAAUGUCUUCAGAAUCCAAAUUGACGUUUUUUUUUCUGUUUUUUUUUUUUUAAAUCAAAGAAAAGAUAGAAGAUUUUCUGCCUGUUGGCAUCAGACUCAAGUGGUUUGUUGUUGUUUUUUUUUUUGGUGUUUUUUUUUCCACAGAAUUAUUACUCACUGGUUAAACCAACUCUUCUUAUUAGUUUUAAAGAGAAAGACCAACACUUUUUUCCCUCUUCACAUGAUUUUUUUAAAAAGGGACAAAUUUACUUCCAUAUAUUCUUUUCAGUUCUGACUUUUUUUUUGUUGGAUGUCACUGGUCACACCUUUUCAUACUUCAGAGGUUGGAAAUUCCUGUCCCUGGUUCUUUUUGAAGAGUAGGUUAAAAUGUAUUGAUAAUUCUAUUGUUUGUCUGUGUACUUUUUUUUUUCUUUUUUUAUAUACUAAUUUUAUUGAGUAUUUUUGUGGUGCAAGUUUUUUUGUUUUUGUUAAAAGUUAUGAUUUUGCAAACAUGGCAGACCCUGCCAUUUUAAUUUAUUCAUAUAUUACACUGUGAUUUUUGGUCAGUGUGUUGUACAAAAUUUGCUUUGCUUGUCUUGAAACUUACUCUGAAAUGGAUGCUUUGUUAUAAUGUAUGUUAUGAUAAGCCUAAAUGGAAUGCAAAACCACAAUCAAAGUAUGCAAAUAAAUAGUAAAUUAUGAUUAUUAAAAGAUAAACCAUAUUCCUUAUUACAAGCUCCGUUUUUAACAGACUUCUGAGGAUGACUUCAGCUUUUAGGGAGUGUUAAAUUUAUAUUUCUUUUUUAAUGAGACCUCUUUUUUCUUUAAUCUUUGAAGGGCUUCUCAUUUAGAUUUCUCGUUGUCUGCACUCUUGGUUUUAUCCACAUGAAGACUGUAUAAUUUUUUUGAAGACACUUUUCUUUCUUCUGUGUUUUGUUGAGGUGUAAAACGCAUUCUUCUGCCUCUUUGCCUCUUUUUGGGGAAUCAGGGAUUCUUAGGAGAGGGGGCCUCAAUGAAAGAGACCAUGACUAGCUGUUUAGUGAGAGCAGUUGGUUCUGCUUGCAUGUUGUGCACAAUGGAAUGGUUACUAGAAUCAAGCAAUUACCAUUUUUGAUGAUUUGGGUGCUACUUAAGCAUAUAUGUGUGCUAAAGACUGACUUCUUACUUUUUCACCUUAAAAUUUUGCCCCAGCAAAGAUUAAUUUUGAGGUGAAGAGUCUUGCAAUGUCGUGUAACUUUUCUAUUUUUACUUAGUCUGGGACUGUUAUGCCGUCUUCAGUCAGGAACACAGUUAAAAGAGAAUGCACGUUUUUUUUCUUUCUUUUGAAUAAAGUUUGCCGUCUAGGCUUCGAAGUAGAACAGUUGGACAGAAUGUAGCACGCUGACUUGGUCCCUUAGAUUGGUCUAACUAUGUGAAAGAUCCAAUGUUUGAUACUGUCAGUAUUACUGGCAUCUGUGGUGUAGCGGUUAGGCACUUCGCUGUUGCGUGCAGGAAAUCCAAGUACAAUAGUCUCCGCCUAAACACAGGGUGCUCGGGAGGGCUCCUUAGCGUGUGUUUAUACGAAGUGUGCGUGUACAUGAACCUAUGCAAGGGGAGGAAGGGACGCAGUCAUCUCAAUUCCUUAUUUCUCCAGUGAACUCCCUUGGAGGGAGGGGGUCAUUUUUGCAGAUAAUGUGACGACACGUGACUUUUGUGAUGGAUUCCUUGACUGGGGUUCAAAAUACAUGGGGGAGGGGGAGAAAGGAAGACUCAAUGUAGUAAAUAUGCGCUAUAGCAUAUAAUUUAUAGAACAGAUAGCCUAAGAGAGAACUGUUGGUGAUAGUCAUAGAGACGACGGACCGGCCACGUGGCUUUCCAAGCGACCUGCCCUGACCGUAAAUUCAUGCAGAAUCAUUCUCUCAUUCAGAGAAAUUUUUCUCCUGUGAUUAGUUGAACAAGUACAUUAUAAGUUCUUCGAGCGCAGCCGAUUAGGCUUACUUGUUUAAUCUUUAAUUCUGUCUAGAUCUAGUGUUUUACGGGUGUCACGCAUCAGACCUAGACCUAACAAUUCAAUACAUUACACGCAGUCACUCAAACCCCAGUCAGAAACCUUCUCUCAAAGAUACAUUUCCAGUGACUAAUCAAACAACAUUUCAGUCCACCCCACCCCAAACUUUUCACCGACCAGUCCUAGAUCUCUAGUUCUAGAUCUAUGGGUCAGGGAAAAGUUGGAUGUGAAAACGCUGUCCAUCACUCUCUUUGUUCGACGAGAGGGGCACGCUCACCAAUUUUCUAGGCUUGUCUUACUAACGCAGGCUGUGCAGGUUGUAGUGAAAAUAUCCCUUUGUUGAGCUUUACCUGUCGGCGUGUUUCGCAGACCGGAGCGUGCGUUUAGAGGGAGUGACCGUGCGUUUGUACGUCUUGAUUAUAUAGUAAAAAACUCGUCAGGUGGCGAAACGUGCUUUUGUAUGGCGUGUGUUUAGGUGGAGGCUACUGUAUAUCUCUCAGCCCAGGUUGGCCCAGACAGGCAGGGUCGAAAGACCACCUCUUGAAUGAUCUAAAUUGUGUUGAUGAUGGGGGAAUACAAACACAUUCAUAAAAAAAUAGACUAACUGUUAGAGUUAGUGCUGUAAAGUAGUUUUAAGUAAAUGGAUGAUUACUACAAGAAGGUGUUUUGGUGUGAUCUGCUCUUACUUUUUGUUGUCAAUUUUCGUCGCCAGCUGUUAAAAUGAACUAACCCCAGAGUUUUGAAUUUCAAAAUUUUUAAAAAUUGUGGCUUCUUACUCGAUGGUAAUGUUUGCAUGUCAAAAUUUUUUUGUCGGAAUUUUAAAUUCCUAAUGUUGGGGGGGGGGGGGAUAUAAUGCAUAAUGUGAGUACAAUUAGUACAAUUUUUUAAAGAAUAAUGCGGUUUGUUUUUUCUCUGUAAAAUGUUUGCUUUAAUGGCUUAGUACAUUUGAACAGCUUGCUGAUGUUUUUUGGUAUUCUGUCCCAGGUGAAACUUCACCAUCCUUCCCAUAUUUUCUCAGUGUUACCCAAUCACUAAAGUUACUUUAUGCAGCACAACUUGUACUGAAAAUAAAGAUUUAUCUCCUAGUUACAUUGUGGUUGACACUGAAAAAUAAUGUAAUUCAUAGGUUGUCAUUUGCCUGGAAGUAGUUCUUGCUCUUUCAGAAUUUUUUGGGCUUAAAAUAAUUUGAAGCUCUUUAGUCAUUGCUCUGGAUACAUGCUUCUUAGGAGAUGCUCCAGGGUUUGUUUACUGAACACCAUUGUUCGUGCAGUUUUAUAUUGGAGAUCUGAUCGGCCACAUUGAAUAUUGAAAAUCCAAUUUCUUGCACCUUGUUUCUCUCUUCGUUUUCUUUGAGUUGUAGGGUUUGGUUGUUGGCAUACUUUCAGUAAUAUUGCUUCAAUGUCAUAAGAGAGAGCAUUGUUUUUUGGUUUGUUUGUUGUUGUUUUUUUCUAUCUUUUUUAUUUAAAAGUCACUUGGAAUGGCAGAAUGCUGAUGAGAAAUUUCAGUGAUUGUAAUGUCACCAAAAGUGAAGUUGUUAUAUAUGUAUUGCCUCUUUAAUGUUUGUUUGCGAUCUC